CCACUGUCCCUAUAUAAAUGCAACAAUGAAGCAAGACCAUAAGAAGAUAACCAAAAAGACUAGAGAUUACAAUGAGUUAUGUUAUGCCUAAGUCAUACACUAUGCAAUGUCUUGUUCUAUUGUCAGCUUUGUUGCUCUCAUCGCAACUACUCUCCGUACAAUCUCAGGAAGGGAAAGCUCUCUUCUCUUCCUGCCAAACUGUGAGAGGAAACUUCACCGUCAACAGCAUCUUUGAAGUCAACCUCAAGUCACUUAUCUCCUCCCUCUCGUCUCUUCCGCCGACCGAAGACGGGUUUUACAACGUUUCUUUUGGAGAAACCGAUAAUGAGAAAGUCAAUUCUUUGGUGCUGUGCAGAGGUGAUGUCAAACCCAUUGAAUGCAUCGGAUGCAUUAUUAGAGCCGGACAAGAGAUUAGGGAACGAUGUCCGAACGAGAAAGAAGCCAUCAUAUGGUACUCAAACCGCACAAUCUUGAACACGAUGGAGACAUCCCCUGGAUAUUCUUUUGCCACGGAUUUCGAUUUCCCGGGUGAAAAAGGUGCAUGGGAGAACAUGCUAACGACUUUAUUAGAAGGGUUAAUGAGUAGAGCAGCGGCGGGUGGGGAGAGGAAGAAGUUCGCCGUCUCUAAAAAGAGUGGGCCUUCCCUUCAAACGUUGUACGGUCUCAUGCAGUGCACGCCCGAGAUUUCGGAACGUGACUGCAUUGAUUGUCUUACGUGGAAUAUAGGUCGAAUUCCGAUUCUUUGUAAUACAAAAAUGGGUUGCAGGCAGGCAACCGUCAGCUGCAAUUUGAGAUAUGCCACCUCACGGUUCUAUGAUCUGACAGCGGAGGAGCAACCACGGGCAUUGCCGCCAGCCCCUCUUCCAUCUCCUCCUCCUCCAUCAAAUGAGAGAGUGAGUGACGGAAAAGGUUUUGCUAUAGAUGACGUUAAAGGUGUCGUUAUUAUUGUUGGCGGCGUUGUCCUCCUUAUCGUAUCAUGUGUUGUUAUUGUCUUGACUCUGAAGAAGAAGAAACACAACCGCCAAAGUGAGUUGCGCACACAUACACUUACAUCUAUAUAGCUGAAAAGUGUACAACUUUCCUAACAUUAAUUAUUGUGAUGUACAGACGAAAGGAGGGAAGAUUCCUUGAAAUUUGAAUUCAGUGCAAUAAGAAGUGCAACCAACAAUUUCUCACCCCUCAAUGAACUCGGAAAAGGUGGAUUUGGGAAAGUUUAUAAGGUAAUCUUACAAACCAUAAUGUAAUACUCCCUCCGUUUAUUUAUAUUUGUGUUUAAGGUUUUUG